CGGCACGAGGGUCAUCAAGAAAGUUCAUGAAACUCGGGGCGUUUCGCGAACUUGGUAUUCGUUAUGCUCGGGCUCGUAGUCUCUAGAACUUUUCGCGCUUCCGCUUGGCAUGUGAUCCGACUUGUCACAUUCUACAGCGUGCUAGAACCGAGCCCAGUUCGUUCUGGAAUCUCGAGAAUGUCCUCCGCUGCUGUUCGGAAUUCCCGUCGGCAGCCUGCAAUCGCGAAGCGCUCUUCUUUCCGCGCCAGUAUAAGAGGGUGAUACUCGGUCGCUCAAUUCACAAAGCAGCAGCAGAAGCACGAAUCCUUAACUCUCCUCGAUCAGCUGAAAUCGAUUGCAUCUCGAUCCCUCUCGUGGAAGUCGUAGCGCGCAACCUCCUUCGGUCAAAAUUUCGUCGACAAUGGACAUUUUCUUCGGACGCGAUCCUCUGACCAGCGCUCUCACGCAAUUGCUGAACAGCCCCGAGGAGUAUGAGAAAUCUCUCAAUCCGUCAACCAGAACGUACGUCCGGGACACCAAGGCCAUGUUCAACACCUGUGUGGACGUGAAGGAGAAUCCAAACGCUUACGUCUUCAUAGCCGACAUGCCCGGGCUGAAGUCCGGCGACAUCAAGGUGCAAGUGGAGAAUGACAAUGUGUUGACAAUUGGUGGGGAGCGAAAGCGCGACGAAUCGAAGGAUGAGGCCAAGUUUCUCCGGAUGGAAAGACCUGCUGGAAAGUUCUUAAGGAAGUUCACUCUCCCCAGUAAUGCGAAACUGGAUGCCAUCGAAGCGGCAUGCACCGACGGAGUUCUUACGAUUACAGUUCCCAAAAUCCCACCACCUGAGCCCCACAAACCGAAGACCAUUGCAGUCACAGUCGGUUAAAGAAGCGAAGUGGGCCGUCACUCGUGAAUAAACUGAGGACUCAGGUAAUCUGCAGCGUUAGCUACCACGUCUGGUCUGCAUCAGCAUCCUCGGGAAACAUUUCCGUAACAGAUUUCCAGACGCAGAGGCGCUGCUCUUUCUGUUCGAGAAAACAAAACAAACAUAUGAAAGUUUCUGCGGCCUCGAAGACAGGGGAAAUUCUCCAAAAUACAAUACUUCCAUUGCUCUGAAGAUGGACAAUAUGUCGAUGCGAUUUGCUCGGACGAGAAAGAUCUAUCAGAGCCUCGCGGGAGGAUAUUUUGAACAGAAGUACGUUCGGAACGACGGUGUGGUUAGGAAAACUCUUGAACUAGGAAUGGGGAGCGUAUCCUCGGGCGCCUAUCGAGAAGCUAUAUGGCGCAUUAUGUUUGUUCGCAUGUACCUUUUCUAGCAUACAAUACAGAGAUACGAUUUUGGAGUACGGCAAAUUCGAUCACUUUCAG